ACGGGAAACGCCGCUGUCCACCUCACACGUCGUCCAGCUUGACGUCAUCGCGAGGCGGCGGCAGCAGGAGGGAGCGGCUCGGGUCGAGCGACAUCCACACAGAGCGGGAGAGAGAGAGAGCGAGCGCGCAGCCGACGGGUGGAUGUGACUACAGACAGUCAGGAUGCGUGAAUACAAACUGGUUGUUUUAGGAUCAGGAGGAGUCGGGAAGUCGGCGCUGACGGUCCAGUUUGUUCAGGGAAUCUUUGUGGAGAAAUACGACCCGACGAUAGAGGAUUCGUACAGGAAGCAAGUGGAGGUGGAUGGACAACAGUGUAUGUUGGAGAUCCUCGACACAGCAGGAACAGAGCAGUUCACGGCGAUGAGAGACCUGUACAUGAAGAACGGUCAGGGCUUCGCUCUGGUUUACUCCAUCACGGCCCAGUCGACCUUUAACGACCUCCAGGACCUCAGAGAGCAGAUCCUCAGAGUGAAGGACACCGAGGACGUUCCCAUGAUCCUGGUCGGAAACAAGUGCGACCUGGAGGUGGAGCGCGUGGUGGCCAAGGAGUCAGGCAUCGGCCUCGCUCGCCAGUGGAACUCCUGCGCCUUCCUGGAGACCUCGGCCAAGAGCAAGAUCAACGUGAACGAGAUCUUCUACGACCUUGUGCGACAGAUCAACAGGAAGAGUCCAGUUCCGGGCAAAACUCGCAAAAAGUCCACCUGUCAGCUUCUCUAAUGACCGGCAGUUUUCUGCUCACCUGACCGACAGCCAACCAACCAACCAAUCACAGGACAUCUUCCGGCUGGCCACGCCCCCUUUAAUAUAACCACGUCAUCGUCGACAUUAGCCACCUCUGACCUCUGUUGCCAUGACGAACACAUCUUCACCACCACACUGUCUGAACGGAGACUGUUGCCUUGGUGUUCAUUCAGACCAAACAUUAAAAAAAAACUGCGGCGGUGGCGACGGCGAUGAUGAAGAUGUUAUUGUGGGAAUUAGGGGGUUGGGGGGUGGCUGGCUGUCCAAACAACUGCUCAAAUCUAAACUACGGUUCCCAUCAUGCUCUCUGCUAGGCCGUUUAGCGCUGGGGAGUAGCUUCUUGCUUUCUAAUUUUUAAAUGUUCCUUUCGUUUCCUUAUUUUAGCACAGAGCCGUUAGCACACAGCUCGACCGCUUCGCCGUCAGUUGUGUUGGUGUCACAGUUGCCAUGGUGACGUUGCCUCUAACACAGCUGACUCUGUGUGUGUGUGUGUGUGUGUGUGGCUCUGGUUGAACCUGUGGAUCCAUACAGUGAUUAUUAUGAUUAUUACUACAGUGGUUAUAAUUAUGAUUAUGUGUGAAAAGGUAUAAAAUUCAUUUCAUGUUUUUAUUUUUUAUUUUUGGGGUAGGGGGGUUCGGGGGGGGGGGGGGGUUGUAUGUGCAGCAGGUUGGGUGUCAGCUCACCGUGUUGGAACCUUUGAGCUAACAUUAGUUACCCGACCACAAUGGAAAUGACUCAACUUGUAGAAGGGAUCGCUAACUAUGCUGUUACACUGCUAGUACACUUGUUUGUGACCAUAUGGCUUUGUUAGCAUAUUCUUAAAGAAAUGAAUGAGCUUGUUAGCCUAGCAGCGAUUAAAAUGUAUUGCCAUUUGUGGUGCGUCAGCAUCAUUAGUAAACCCCCUCCAAAAAUGGUCGUAGGUGCUAGCCACGGGCUAGCUACUGGUCCUAGUAAGUGAUGGAAUAUAUUGGCAUUGUUGUGAUGCUAGCAAAAUGUAUACACCUUGGGUUGCGAGCGUUGUUAGCAUAUUUAUAAAAAGAAAUUAAUAUGUACCUUGGAAUACCCUAGGGAAUGCUAAUAAUUAUAAUAUUAUGUGUGGGGUGUUAGCAUUAUUUGUAUAUCUCAAAGAGAAAGAUGGAAGCUGGAAUCAAGCUAGCUCCCGCUCUUAGCAGCUAAUGGAAUGUAUUAGCAUUGGUGUGCGCAAUGGCUAACAAUACUAACGGACUUCGUAUGCAGUGCUAGUGUUGUUAGUCCUAGUAGCUAACGGAAUGUAUGAGCAGACUUGUGAGGGAAAUGCUAACAAUACUUUGUGGAGAGAGAGGAAUAUAUUUGAUAUACUGUGUUGGGAGGCUAACAGCGCUACACUCACAGACCAACAGAUAGAUAAUAGCAGCUGCAGGCUAAUAGCGCGUCGGCAACACGGUGAGGUGACUUCAGAUCUGCUGCUCAGGGCGGACAUGUUGCCUUUCGACAGCAGACUCACACUGGUCCAGUACCUUAGCUCUGUGUGUUUGUUUGUGAGUGUGUGUUUGUGUGUUUGAUGUGAGUGUAAGAGAGUAGCAACAAUGAACCAGGCCAGUCUCUGUAAUGACCAUUGGCCCGGGGGGGGGGGGGGUAUUUCUACUGAGCAGGACAGCUAGCAAGUGUUGUUUCUGUAUUAUUAACCAUUCUAUGACCUGAUUAUUAAUAUUAAUAACAAAACACAUUUGAGAGGGAAAAUUUGCUUGAAGGUCCUGCUGGUCAAUGCUUUGUUUAACCGAAAGGAAUAUAUCCAACCAUCCAAGUAUGGCGGUCCAAACAUGAUCAGAUGGGUUUCCAUCAGCCCCCUUUUUAUGCACAUUUUCAAUUUGUGCUUAUAAAAUAUGAGUGGAUACACCAGAAAAAAAUCUUAAAAUCCAUCUUGACCGAGGUGGAAAAAUGAUUCUUGGCUAAUUUGGAAAAAUAAUCACCAGCUCUUUUUCUUCAUGAGCCUAAUAUUUAGCACUACAUUUAGUUGGAAACCCGACUAAAGUAGCUACAAAUAACGUGUUAUCAUAGAGAACCACGGACACAUGGGUGGUUUUGGCAUCAGCAUUCACAAAAGUAGAAAGAGGAAAGUUGAGCCAAAACCUGAGUUUUUCUUAAAAACAGUAUCACAGAUAAAGUUGAGAGGGGAUUUGACUUGACGCUGAAGCCCCGCCCAGAUUUUAGGGCGUGGUCUGUGAAGCAGCAGCCAGAAAAGCCUUUGAAAAAAUCUGUCUUCUGCUUGAAAUGUGAGUGUUCAUCAGACCAGUGACCUCUGUGAGUACUGCUGUGCACAGCGUUGUACUACCAGGAGUUCUACUGCAGUACAGUGUGGUACUGCCGUCAGUAUUGUGGUUCUCCUCCUGUACGUCCAGUCAUGUAGCAUGUUGAUGUUUCUGUCAGUACUCAGUCUGACCUCCGGGAGAUGCCGUGACAGUUUGCAUGCCGAGCAGAAGCUUUCGAGAGAAAAAGUCUAUCCUCAGCCGUGACGGCGGAAGUCCAGGUCAUUCCAGUGCUGAGAUUCCAGAGUUAUUGUUAAUGUGCAGUUUAAGUAAAACGAGAAGGUGAGACAGUGUUUUGAUCACUGCCGAAUAAAUAAUUUUGGUUUAGUAUUUGAAAAUACUAUUCUGAUAAAGCGUACAUUUGCCUUUUUUAAUUUUUAUUUAGAGUAUGGUGUUUCUUUGCUGUAUUCUUGCAUGUCAAGCCAUAAUAGCCUCAUUGCUGCCCCUUGUGGGAGGAUGGCAGAAUACACCCACUGCAUCCUCAGUUGGCAAGAUACCACAGUGCUAAUGGAUGUUUUCUUUCCAGGCCACAAGGGGCAGCUCUGAGCCCAUUCCAUACUCAAAAACAAACUUGGUUUCGCCAUACGAAGGUCAAAUUUAUGCUUUAUCAGAAGUGUUUGCAAAUGCUUUUUUUCCUGGUUUUAUACGAGAUGAGUACAACUGGUUUGUUUGACAAAUGCAAAGGUUUUCGGGGACAAUUUAUUCUCACCUGGCCUUUUUAGCAUUUAUAAGCAGAAUAUAAACUAUAAAGAUAUUUUAAGUCUUCAUUAAUCCAUUAAUCAACAUUUUCUAGAACCGCUGUUUAAACUUGUUUAAACGCUGUUUAAUGUUUAUAUACUGCUAAUAAAUGCAAAGUAAGUCGAGAAAAUAAAGUUUUACCGGUUAGCAGUUUCCCUCCGUUUGCUUAGCCUAGCUUAGCACCGCGGUCUUUGUGCUAAGCUAAGCGAAUCACAUUUAGGACCUUCUCCGUGUUGGACUCAGAGUAAACCAGUCGUGAUCUACUCAUCAGCGUUACAAAUACAAAACAAACAACUUC